AUGAGAGUGAGUGAGGUCCACGCUGCAGAGUCCGUUGCCUAUCUCAACAGGGCUCUGGCAAAACUGCAGGAAAUUUGGGAGGAAAUUGGGAUCCCAGAAGAACAGAGGCUUCAGAGAACAAAUGACGUUCAUAACUAUAUUAAAAGUUUGUUGGAUUUGAUGAUCACAGAGGAAGAGGAUCUUAAGAAGAAACUGAUCAAAACUAUUGAAGUCGGACGCAAAGAGAUGCAUACUUUGUGCCGUGAACUCUCUCUGCCCCCAUUUGAGGAAGAAACUGGCUGCACCAUUUUGCAGCUGGAGAAGAAUAGUCGCACACAACUAGAUGGCCUCAUAAAACACAAAAAGCAACGGAUGGAAGAUUUGGGAAUUCUUAUUUCCAAAGACCGUGAGCUGUGUGACAUUAUGGGCACCACGCCUUUCUCCAUUGACAAGGACACUGUUCCCUCUCUGAAGCAGCUUGAGACUUUCCGUGCCUACGUAGAUGACCUGACCAAAGAAAAGGAGCAACGUCAUGAAGAGUUCAUCAGUUUGAAGCAGAAGAUUUCCCAAUGCAUGGACGACCUGGAACGCCGACCUGAGACCAGUUUUGAGAUGGAUGUAAUGUGUGAGGACGAGGAGGAAUUUUUUCUGUCAACCGAUAAUAUCUCUGCUCUUAAAAUUCUUCUUGGUCAGCUCCAAGAAAGUAAAGCUGAAGUAGAGUUACGCUGUGCUUCAUAUCGAACACAAAUACAGGAACUUUGGGAACGACUUAAAGUGCCCCAAGAAGAGAGGGAUCUUGUUUCCGAACACAUGCAGAACAUGCGAAAGAAGAACGUUGAAGCACUUCAGACAGAACUUCAGCGACUCCAGGAGAUGAAACUUCAGAGCCUGAAAAGUGUGACUGAAUCCAUCAGGGCCGAGAUUGCUCUUUUGUGGGAAAAAUGCUUUUAUAGUCAAGAGCAGUGUCGGGCCUUUUCAGCAUAUCAAGCUGAUGAAUUCACUGAAGAGCUUCUUGAAUUGCAUGAGGCUGAGAUCAGCAAACUCCAAAGCUGUUAUGAGUGCCACAAGGAACUCUUUGAGGGCGUCACUAAAUGGCAGUCGCACUGGACAUUGUACUUGGAGCUUGAUAAAAAAGCCAAUGAUCCUGCAAGAUUCAACAACAGGGGUGGGAAUCUUCUUAAAGAAGAGAAGCAGAGAGCUGACUUGCUGAAAAGCAUACCCAAAUUGGAAAAGGUCCUGAAAGUUGAAAUUGAUAUGUGGGAACAGGAGAAUGGGACUGAGUUCCUUGUGAAUGGACAGAAAUUUCUUGAGUAUGUUCAGGAGCAGUGGGAGAACCACCACAACGAGAAGGAGCGGGAAAAGCUGGAGAGGCAACUAAAGAAGAGCAAACAGAUUCAGGAGGACAUGAUGUUUGGAACAGCCAUCAGGACACCGUCUAAGAGGCGCGUUGCUGGAAGUGUCACACCUGGAAAAAUUAGAAAGAUGAACAGUGCCUCCACACUAUCUACUCCGACCAGCAUUCUUGGUGGAACUCUGUGUCAGUCUUCGCUCCAGAAACUGCCCUUAUCAGCCAGUAAGAGUCUUGGUUUGCGAACUCCAGGACAAAUGAAGACUCCCCGUGUUCUAGAGCGAAAUAAGGAGAACAUCUCCCAUCUACAGAGAAACACUCCCAGUGCCUCUUUAAGGUCUCAGGAAACUAAAGAUCACACCUUCACCUUAAACUCUAUUGCGGGCUCCUAUGUGGAAUUUGCGAGAGACCUCUCGAAGGCUAAAUCGAAUGUGAAGACGCAUGUGCUGAACUCCACGGUGAGUCAUCAGUGA